AUCCAUACCAAGACCCUCUCACUUAUUCCCCGCAUGUCCCCGGAAAUCAUUGCAUAACCUGGGGUUCGUAUCAGGGCAAGACACGGGUCUGACUGGCGGAUAAUCGGCGCUUUUUUACGGGUCAUUGUUGCUCCACCUACAAUAAAGCCCCCUCCUCACACUGUUGCCAUGCAAGAGGUGUGACCCUCCUUCCUCUUCUUCCUCUUCUUCCUCUUCUUCCUCUUCUUCCUCUUCUUCAUCGGGACAGAAAGCAGAGAAACCAGAUUAAAGAUGUCCGACCCCGACACCGCCUCCUCUCCGGCGGCGGCCACCCCGCUGCCCCUCAUCUCGCCCCCCCCCCUGCAGCUCUCCUUCCCCUUCCACAGGGAGGGCAGCCGGGUGUGGGAGAGAGAGAGGAAACCCCCCCCCCAGCCCCGAGAGCUGCCCAGCCCCCUGCCCACCAAACGCACCCGGACGUACUCAGCGACAGUGCGAGCGAGGUCAGGUCCGGUAUUUAAAGGAACUUGUAAAAACUUCUCCAGGUCUCAGGGUCACGGCUUCAUCAAACCGUCUCACGGAGGAGAAGACAUCUUCGUCCACAUCUCUGACAUUGAUGGAGAGUAUGUGCCUAUGGAGGGGGACGAGGUCACGUACAAAGUGUGUUCGAUCCCACCCAAGAACCAGAAGAUCCAGGCUGUGGAGGUGCGGCUCACACACCUGAACCCCGUCUCCAAGCACGAGACCUGGUCCGGACAGAUCAUCAGCUCCUAGACCAGGACCCACUGGAGAGGAAACAGGGAUUUAUUUAGAUGUUUUUUGGAAGAAAGAUCGACCUGAAGUGUCUUGGUUAUUGAACAAUGAUGGGUGGAGUUUGAGGUGAGGGUUGGGAAUGAAGCUUUGAAUGUAUACGUCUGAAUGUGCUCCUUUGAUGGUCAACAUUAGGGUCAUGAUAAGGGUUUUAUAAUAAGGGAUCAGGCUUUGUGCAGUUUUACUUUGACCUAAGGAAUAUAUUUUAGCUCGGAAAUCAGUGUUUUCUAGAGAAGUGAUGCCUUCAAAGAGGCCCAGUUCAGCUAUAGUGGCGCUCCACUUUGCACACUACAGGCAGGAGAGUUUACAUCUCAAGGGACGAGCUACAGACUCAGAGCAGUGCAGGAAUGAGUCCUGAAACACCAAAAUGAGUUAGCAUUCUAGCACUUCUGGUUCUCUCGUCUCUAAGUCAAUGUUUUUUUUAACAUGUUUGUGGAUAGAAGCCUAAAAUAUGGUCUGUGGUUAACACAAGCUUUAGAGAUUUAAACUUUUUGUUCUACGACAUGAAAUACGUCAGUAAAUACCCCACUGGUGAAUGUCUGAAGCUUCUACUUGUCUUUCAAACAGCGGUUGCUAACAAGUGUCUAAAUGAGGCUAAUAAAAGUAAUCUUGCCUAACAUUAGCCGCCUUUAGCUUAGCUGCAGUGACGUGAAGUCAUGUGACCGUGCUGUAGUUCCUUUAUAGCCUAACGUUAGCUUUUUACUUAUAAGGUAUUUCAGUCCGACAACUCACGUGUUUCU